ACUUAAUUCCAGACCAUCAAAAUUGUUCAGACGAGUUUAUCCUCCAAAAUGGUCAAAACUUUGUGCGUAGUGAGGUACCAGUGAGAAUCAUGUUUUACCUAAACAACUCUUGGAAUGAUUUUAAAGGAGAAGUGUUGGACUCAUUAUGCCGUGGCUUUGUAAGUGGAAAGACAAUUCUACCCCUUAAAAUACAAGGUUAUUUCUAUGCCUUUGACUUUUUAAGAAUGUUACAAAUCCAUAUCUCUUCACGGAAUUAUCGAUCCAUUGCAUGGAUCGAUGAAAAAGGUAAACCUUUUUUUCCUAGAAGAUUUUUUGAUAGCGAUUUUUCGCAGUCUAAAGUAAUAGUUCAUACUGAAGAUGAAAAUGAUAAGAAAGGUAAAAAGAAGAAAAUUGAAUUUGAAGAAGAUGCUGUUACCGAUGGUGGUGGUGGUACCAACCAAAAUGAAAUUGUUGAAACCUCAAAAUUUCCCAAUGCAAAUAUAUUGAGGAAGAAUGACAAGACGUACAGAUAUGCAAACAACUUGUUCAUGUCGAACAUUAUGAAGAUUGAUCCUCAUGCCACUGUCACAUGCAUUCAUGAAUUUCAAAUCUCAGGGACCUAUGGAAGAGGUCGUUGGAAUGCUUUUGAGAAUCUAAUUGAAACUACAAAAGCUUCUCGAGGCAAGGCAAAUGUUGUUUAUGGUUGGUAUGCAGCACCAACAGAAAAAGUAGCGUCUAUUUUCUCUAAAGGUUUUGAGCUACUUCAAGACUACCCUCUCGUGCGCCCAUCAAUUGGAGCUGGCAUUUUUUUAGCUGACCUAGAGUCCCCCCAAUAUAGCGGUAUGCAAUAUGAGAUGGAUAAAGAGUCAGAGAAACAUGUUAUACUUUGUCGUGUUGUGUUGGGAAACGUUGAAAGAGUGGAUCUUGAGUGUCACCAGAGUCGUUGUUCCCGUGUGGAAUAUGACACUGGCUCUAACGAUCCUAAUAAUCCUAACUGGUAUGUGGUGUGGGCCAAUGAUAUAAACAAGCGCAUUCUCCCUGUUUAUGUUGUCACUUGCAAAACAUCUGCUAUUAUGAACGUGGAAUGGAAAAAGUUUCCAUAUGAAAUGACCGUAGUUCCAAAGGUGGUUUUAGAGAUCAAGAAACGAAUGCCUUUUGAGUAUAUCCCUGCACUUCAUGAUGUAUAUGAUUCUUUCAAGAAGGGGGGUGUGACUAUCGCUAUGCUCAAGAAACAAAUAAAAGGAAUAGUUGGUGAUCAAUUUAUAUCCCAGAUGCAUGAUGAAUUUACUCAUCAAGGAUUAGGAUGGCGUUGAUAUGAUGAGAUAGUGAAUAUUAAAAUAAAUAAAGACACAUGAUUUUUCGUAACCCAACCUUAGUAAUAAUAUUGUGCCUUAUUUGUCUUUGGAAUUUAUGUUACAAUUUGAACAUAAAAGAAAAGUGUAUUAUUCGUUACUACACAUUUUUAUUUAUAAUUUGACUUCAAGUAUUAUAAUAUAUUUCUUUUUCGCUCUAAGUUUGUUAAGAUUGUCUAUCCCAUGAUUAAAUGUAAUAUCUAUGUGAUAAGGUAAAAUAUAUAUGUAUGCACUAGUCACUCUAAGAUUAUAUCGGUAAU